UCACAUUGUUUUAGUCAACAACAAUCGUAGAAUAUUUCGAAUUUCUCCAUUUCUAUACUCUCAAAUUGACUGUGCUAUGACCACCAAUCCGAAUAUUUCCCUCCCGAAGGCGAGCUCCGUAAUUCUGGCGGGACUUGGAGUGGCCGCCGUGGGCUUCGCCGGGAAGCACCUGAUCCGCCGGAUGCCGCAGAUGACCACCAAAUUCAACGAGGCCCUCAAGAACCUGCCCAAAUUCGAUGCGGAGAGCAUGGCGGCCUCCAAAUACUACAAGGGCGGUUUCGAUCCCAAGAUGAACAAGCGGGAGGCCUCCCUCAUCCUGGGUGUCAGUCCCAGUGCGUCGAAGAUCAAGAUCAAGGACGCUCACAAAAAGAUUAUGUUGCUUAAUCAUCCGGAUCGAGGGGGCUCACCGUACUUGGCGGCCAAGAUCAACGAGGCAAAAGACUUUCUAGACAAAGCCAAGUAGUCAUCCUACCUCCGCCUUGUAGUGCAAAUAAAGUAGUUUGUGAUUAGCAUGUAAGCUGAAGUCUUAUGCGUUUUAUUUACGUUCUUAACGUCUUUCUGUUUAACCAACAGAACAAUUUCAAUGGCUGUACUUUACCUUUACUCUGAACUCAUACAAUUACUUAAAAUUGUAUUGUACCUCAAGGAUUUAUUACACGAAAAGUAGCAGGACUCUUGGAAUUUUUUAAUUACCAUUUAGGUACAUGUAUAUUUGAAUCGUUUCUAGCAAACAAUGUAGACAAUUAAAUUUAAAAGGUAAAUGUGUAUGAAACAGCAA